UCUUCUACCUCACGAUUCCUUUGUGAUUCCCAGACACUGUUUUUUACCCAAAUCAGAAAGCUAAAGAAAACCCAACAAAAAGAAAAAGAUAGCCUAUGAAAAACUACAUUAAAGAAAGCUUUUUUUUCAUGCUUUGGAUGCUUGACUGAAUCAAAGGACACUGCUUUGAUUUGGAAAAAAAAUAAUAAUUUAAGGAAAAAAAAAAAAUCCGAUUGAAAGUGAUGGAUUUUGCUGUAGAUGCCUUGUGGGCUCUCAGCAUCUGUUUUACUUCUUGGAAAAACAAAAGAUUUUGGCACCCACUGCAACAGUAUGAGGAGGAAUAGGAAAGGAAAGGGGAGGAGAAGUGAAAUUAAGCGGAACUUCGGAAAGAUAAUGAAGUGUCUAUGCAGUGGAGAGCAGUUAAGGCCGGCAAAUGAAAUGUUUCCUUCUUCAGAAUCCCUUGCAACCAAGGAUUACAUAACAAGUGAGAGUUCGUCACGGGCUGGUGAAGUUAUCAAGAAGCGUGACACUGUUAACAUUGAAGAAGCUGAAUCAUCACUGCGAGAGAGUGGUUCUUUGAACUACGAGGAAGCAAGAGCAUUGUUGGGCAGAUAUGAAUAUCAGAAAGGAAACAUUGAAGCAGCUCUCCAUGUAUUUGAAGGAAUUGAUAUAUCUGCAGCGAUUCCCAAAAUAAAAAUUUCCCUUGCUAGACGAGUAGAACAACGUAAGCGACGUUCUCAAAGUUUUUCAGCCCCACCUAUGUCUAUACAUGCUAUCAGUUUACUUUUGGAAGCGAUCUUACUUAAAUCAAAGUCAUUGCAGGGUCUUGGGAGAUAUAAAGAAGCAGCUCAAUCAUGCAAAGUUAUUCUGGACAUUAUUGAAUCUUCAUUACCCAAAGGCUUGCCUGAAAACUUUGGUCCUGACUGUAAAUUGCAGGAGACUGUAAAUAAGGCUGUUGAGUUGCUACCAGAAUUAUGGAAACUUGCUGAUUGUCUGCACGAAGCAAUCUUGUCAUAUAGACGGGCUCUACUUCAUCAUUGGAACCUUGACGCUGAAACAGUUGCUAGGAUUCAAAAAGAAUUUGCCAUUUUUCUUCUGUACAGUGGAGGUGAAGCAAGCCCCCCAAACCUCCGAUCUCAAAUGGACAGUUCGUUUGUACCAAAGAAUAAUUUAGAAGAGGCUAUACUUCUGUUUAUGAUAUUACUAAAAAAAGUUUCUUUGAAGAGAAUUGAGUGGGAUCCAUCCAUUUUGGAUCACCUUUCAUUUGCUCUAUCUGUUUCUGGGGAUUUCAGAGCUUUAGCUAAUCAAGUAGAAGAGUUGCUUCCCAGGAUCAUUCAACAAAAAGACAAACAUCACAUUCUAGCUCUUUGUUAUUCUGCAGCAGGCGACAACUUGGUUGCUUUGAAUCUGCUGAAGAAAUUAUUGAGUCGUAGGGAGGAUCCAAAAUUUGUUCCGGGUUUAUUACUGGCAUCAAAGAUAUGUGGAGAAAACCCCAGUCUUGCAGAAGAAGGGGUACAUUUUGCUCGCAGAGCCCUGGAAAGUUUAGAUGGUAGAUGUGAACAGUUGGAAAGUACUGCCAAUUUUCUAUUGGGUCUUUCACUUUCAGAGCAGUCUAAAUCAGCUGUUGCAGAUUCUGAGAGGCUGUCAAGACAAUCUGAGGCACUUCAGGCCCUGGAAACUGCUGCGAGAAUGACAAAAAUGAGAGACCCCAUUUUUCUUUAUAAUCUCAGUCUUGAAAAUGCUGAGCAGAGAAAGUUGGAUACUGCACUUCAUUAUGCCAAGAAAAUGCUGAAAAUGGAAAGUGGGUCUAAUUUAAAAGGUUGGUUAUUGUUAGCACGGAUAUUAUCAGCUCAGAAAAGGUUUGUGGAUGCUGAAUCAAUUAUAGAUGCUGCUCUGGAUCAGACUGGGAAAUGGGAUCAAGGAGAACUGUUGCGAACAAAAGCAAAACUUCAAAUUUCGCAGGGUCAAGUGAGAAGUGCCAUUGAGACAUACACUCGGCUUCUUGCUGUUCUUCAAGUUCAGAGUAAAAGCUUUGGGUUCGACAAGAAGCUACAUAAGUAUGGUAGAAUUUUUGCUAGAAGUUUUGAAUUGGAGAUCUGGCAUGACUUGGCUUAUGUGUACAUAAGCCUGUCACGGUGGCGUGAUGCUGAGACUUGUCUUUCUAAAUCGAAGUCCAUCAGUUCUUACUCUUCCACUAGAUGUCAUCUCACAGGUGUACUAUAUGAAGCACAGGGCCUCUACAAGGAAGCUCUAAAGGCAUUUUUUGAUGCUUUGAACAUAGAUCCCUCCCAUGCACCGAGCUUGGUUUCUGCAGCAGUAGUUCUUAGGCGGCUUGGUGACAAAUCGCGAGCAGUUGUCCGAAGCUUUUUGAUGGAUGCGUUGCGGGUAGACAGAAUGAACUAUUCGGCGUGGUAUAAUCUCGGCUUACUUUAUAAAGACAAUGCUACUGCUUCAUCAUCGGUAGAAGCCUCCGAAUGUUUUGCAGCUGCACUCUUUCUUGAAGAGACUGAACCUGUUGAGCCCUUUAGAUGACAAUAGUAUUUAUAUAAUAUAUAUACUAUUAAUUAAUUUAUACAACAAUAUAUUUUAUUUAUUUAUUUAUUUU